GGAAUGUCAAGGGAAUAUUCAAACAAGCAAGUUCGAGGCUGAAUAGUAGCCAUCGUUACAAGAAUCAAUUGAAUCUUUGUUUCGGGUAUACCUUCGGGAGUUGAAUUGAAUGAUAUCGAGUUAAAUGCACCAAAGAGAACCAUAUCGAAGGAUUAUUUUGGGAGGAAAUGGCAAAGCUUUUGGAGAAAGAUGUAAAGAAGUAAAACGGGAUGGAGAAAAUUCAUAAUUUUAUAGUGCUUUAUAUAGGAAAAUCGUCAAACAUCAAUGUAACAAAGCAAUUACUUUUUUAUUGAAAGGGGGGUUUGAACAGCCAGAAUACAUAAAAAAAACUCAGGAGCUUAAGGCAAACUAGUCGUGUCACUUCCAGAGAUCGAAUAGGGAUAAGAAAGUCUGUUAGAAAGAGAUACCGGCAAUGACACAAGAAGGACAUAAAACUCUCCUGCCAUCAGGGGCUUCUCUGAAUCAGCUGUCUAAGGAAGGUGACUCCCAAGAUGUCGUCUUCGAUAAUCCUGUGGAAAUCCGGGGGAAGGUCUUCUAAUUCAUACAUUUCGAAGUGAUAAACGAGAUUAUACUUCGGAGAUAAUGAUUGUGAUUGAAGAAAUAUAGUACAUGGAGAGUAUCUGGUCAUAAUUAUUUUCUUACAAAUGGCAACUUAAUUCCAUGUAAAACGGAUAUGGCGACAAACUGAGAAAGAAAACGCCUUCAAAUGUCAUUUAUGACAUUAAAUUUAGAUGUUGGAACCGUACCAAUCCACUAUGAAAUGUCAAACUUAAAGUUUGAUACCAUAGCGAAUGUGCCAAUGUGGCAUGUACAUUAACAACCAUUCUAUAGUCAUUAUUCUCCUCGGUCGCGAGGUAAUAGGGUCAAUGUUGUAUGCACAUUUUCAACCAUUAUAUAGGUAUCAUGCUAGUAUAACAUAACAGCUGGAAACAAAAUUUAAAAAAUUGAUUUAUCUAUUAUUAUUAUUUUAUUGGAUCUAUUCUCAUAAUUUUUGUACAUGCGACAGGCCAAAGAUGGUGGCCCAAGCUGAGGACCGUUGAUAGGGUAGAAGUGGGCCUAACUUCUUUCAGAAAGAAAAUUUCAAUUCACCGUACGAGGCAUAUUCAUGUGAUUGCGUGCUCCGAAUUUGUAUGUUGUAAAAGUGCUCGAAUGAUCUAAUUCAUCCAUUUUGAAGUGAUAGACUAGAUUAUACUUCGGAGCUAAUGAUUGUGAAUGAAGAAAGAUAGUACAUGGAGAGAAUUUGGUCAUAAUUAUUUUCUUACAAAUGGCAAUAUUAUUCCCUGUAAAAAAGUUAUGGCGACAAACUGAACUAGAAAACGCUUUCAAAUGUCAUUUAUGACAUUAAAUUUGGAAGUUGGAACCGUAUCUAUCCACCAUGAAAUAUAUUAAACUUAAAGUUCGAUACCAUAGGGAAUGUGCGAAUGUGGCAUGUACAUUAACAAUUAUUCUAUAGUCAUUAUUUUCCUCCGUCGCGAGGUGGAUCAUUAGCAUUUUUAUUGAUUUACAUCAAAUGCGGAACACAAUCGAUGAUCAAAAUUAUCAUGAAAUUAUUGCACAGAUCAAUCCAAAUCAUAGAAGUAACGGUAAUAGGGUCAAUGUGGUAUGCACAUUUUCUACCAUUGUAUAGGUAUUAUGCUUGUAUAACAUAACAGCUGGAAACAAAAUUUAAAAAAUUUGAUUUAUUUAUUAUUAUUUUGUUAUUGGAUCUAUUCCCAUGAUUUUUGUACAUGGGACAGGCCAAAGAUGGUGGCCCAAACUGAGGCCUAUUGAUAGGGUAGAAAUGGGCCAAACUGCUUUCAGAAAGAGAAUUUCGUUUCACCGUACGUGGCAUAUUCAUAUGAUUGCGUGCUCCAAAUUUCUAUGUUGUAACAUACGUUUUCUUGGCCUUGUUGAUGAAUUUGUUGAAAUUGAACUUACCAGAUAUAAAAGUGCUCGAAUGAUCUUUCUCGCCUAGUGGAAUGUCAAGAGAAUAUUCAAACAAGCAAGUUCGAGGCUGAGUAGUAGCCAUCGUUACAAGAAUCAAUUGAAUAUUUGUUUGGGGUGAGACAUUCGGGAGUUGUAUUGAAUGAUAUCGAGUUAAAUGCACCAAAGAAAACCAUAUCGAAGAUUAUUUUGGGAGGAAAUGGCAAAGCUUUGGGAGAAAGAUGUAAAGAAGUAAAACGGGAUGCACAAAAUACAUAAUUUUAUAGUGCUUUAUAUAGGAAAAUCGUCAAACAUCAAUGUAAUAAAGCAAUUACUUUUUUAUUGAAAGGGGGGGGGGGGUUUGAACAACCAAAAUACAUUAAAAAAACUUAGGAGCUUAAGGCCAACUGGUCGUGUCACUUCCAGAGAUCGAAUAGGGAUAAGAAAGUCUGUUAGAAAGACGUAUCGGCAAUGACACAAGAAGGACAUAAAACUCUCCUGCCAUCAGGGACUUCUCUGAACUACCUGUCUAGGGAAGGUGACUCCCAAGAUGUCGUCUUCGAUAAUCAUUUGUAAAUCCGGGGGAAGGUCUUCUAAUUGAUACAUUUCGAAUUGAUAAACGAGAUUAUACUUCGGAGCUAAUGAUUGUGAAUGAAGAAAUAUAGUACAUGGAGAAAAUCUGAUCAUAAUUAUUUUCUUACAAAUGGCAAUAUAAUUCCAUGUAAAAAAGUUAUUGCGACAAACUGAACAAGAAAACGCCUUCAAAUGUCAUUUAUGACAUUAAAUUUGGAAGUUGGAACCGUAUCUAUCCACUAUGAAAUGUCAAACUUAAAGUUUGAUACCAUAGUGAAUGUGCCAAUGUGGCAUGUACAUUAACAACCAUUCUAUAGUUAUUUUUCUCCAAAUCAUAGAAGUAACGGUAAUAGGGUCAAUGUGGUAUGCACAUUUUCAACCAUUGCAUAGGUAUUAUUCUUGUAUAAUAUAACAGUUGUAAACAAAAGUAAAAAAAAUAUUUAUUAAUAUUAUUUUGUUAUUGGAUCUAUUCUCAUUAUUCUUGUACAUGGGACAAGCCGAAAAUGGCGGCCCAAACUGAGGCCCGUUGAUAGGGUAGCAGUGGGCCUAACUUCUUUCAGAAAGAGAAUUUUGUUUCAGCGUACGGGCAUAUUCAUGUGAUUGCAUGCUCCGAAUUUGUAUGUUGUAACAUACAUUUUUUGGCCUUUGUGAUGAAUUUGUUGACACCGAACUGACCAAAUAUAAAAGUGCUCUAAUGCUCUUUCUCGCGGAGUGGAAUUGUCGUGGGUAUACUCAAAAAAGCAAUUUCGAGGAUGAAGAGUCUGCCAUCGUUACAAGAAUCUAUCGAAUCUUGGUUUGGGUGGAUACCUUCUGGAGAUUAAUUGAAUGAUAUCGACUUCAAUGCACCAAAGAAAACCAUAUCGAAGGAUUGGUUAGGUAGGAAAUGGCUAACCUUUUGGAGAAGGAUGUAAAGAAGAAAAACUGGAUGGAGAAAAUACUUAAUUUCAUAGUGCUUAAUAUUGGAAAAUCGACAAGCAUUAAGGUAACAAAGCAAUUUUUUUUAUUGAAAGGGGGGUUUGAACAAUAAGAAUACAUCAAAGACUCAGGAGAUUAAGGACAAUUGGUUGUGUCGCUUCCAGAGGUCGAACAGGGACAACAAAGUCUGCUAGAAAGCCAUGCCGGCAAUGACAGGAGAAGGACAUAAAACUCUCCUACCAUCAGGGGCUUUUCUAAAUCACCUGUCUAGGUAAGCCGACUCCCAAGAUGUCGUCUUCGAUAAUCUUGUGUAACUCCGGGGGAGGGUCUACUAAUUCUUACAUUCCAAAGGGAUAGACGAGACUUUGCUUGGAGAACUAAUGAUUGUGAAUGAAUAAAGAUAGUACAUGCAUAGAAUCUAAUCACAAUUAUUUUCUUACAAAUGGCAACAUAAUUCCACGCAAAGUUAUGGCGACAAACUGAACAAGAAAACGCCUUCAAAUGUCAUUUAUGACAUUAAAUUUGGAAGUUGAACCGUACCUAUCCAUAUGAAAUGUCAACUUAAAGUUUGAUACCAUAGUGAAUAUGUCAAUGUGACAUAAACAUUAACAAUCAAUGUAUAGUUACUAUUUUCCUCUGUCGCGAGGUGGAUCAUGAUUCGCAUUUUUAUCGUUUUAUCAUCAAAUGCGAAAAAUGAAUGAGGAUCAAAAUGAGCAUGAAAUUAUUCCACAGAUCAAUCCAAAUCAUAGAAGUAGGGAUGGCAAUUAAAAUCGCCGGACCGGGUAUCCACCCGAAUCCGAUCCGGUCAACGCGGGGAAAACUCGAGUUGACUGGGUUUGGGUCGGGUUCGGGCAAAACCCGAAAGUUCCAUUCUCGGGCAUGGGUUGGGCAUGGAUAUUAUGAUAUCCGACCCAAACCUGCCCGAUAUUACUAAUGACCCUUGCUAUUCCCUUAAGCCUUACCCCUGUCCACAGUCCACACAAAUCCUUAUUCCCAAUUUCCCAUCGGCCAUCACUAAUUCACUCAUCAGUUUGCCCCAAUCACCAACUCCGCGUGCGACUGAAAUUCCCAGCCAUGAUCAUUCCUCUCGAUUCUCCCAACUCGACUCUUCAUCUUCAAUGUUCUCAGAGGCAGAGCCGAGCCAACCAUUCAAUGCCCAAUCCUCCCUCGUCUCUUUCUUCUUCGUUAAAUGAAUUCUGCUCAAGAAGGUUUCCACUUUCCAGUCGCAUCACGUUGGCAACUAGAGCGGCAGCCAACAACAAUACCAUAUCCUGCAGCAAGAGCCAAGAGAGAAGAGAACUUCUGUUACAAUCUUACAGAGGUUAGAUUUUUAAUUUCUUCCUCUUCCUGCAAUUGUGCUCUUCGUUUUCGAUUUCAAUUUCUGGGUUCCAAAUUCUGGGUUCAUUGACGAGGCCAUUGCCCACUGUGAAAGUGACGCAAUCCUUCCUAAUUAUAAUCUUCUUCAUCUAACUGUGUUUUCUGGAUUUUUCUUGCAGGUUGGAGCAGUUGUUGCGUACUUCGGCAGCGGCAGUAGCACAUCGGCACAAAGGUAUAUUUGCGUCCUUUUCAAUAGUGCAGGGGGCUUUUUGAUUUUUCAGUUUGGGUUUAAGGAAAUCAAUCCAGCUUUGAGAAACCUUAGUUAUGACAUUGCAGAUCUCUACAACUUUAUUGAUGGCCUAGCAGACUUGAGCGCAUUAGUGUACUUUCUCCUUCUCUUGUCUCCUUUUCUCUUCCCCCAUUAGUAUCUGCGUGUGCAGAGUUUCCUGUUGUUACUUAAAAAAUAAUCAAAUAUUUGCAUUCUUUUGUUGAAUUAUAAUGUUGUUGUUGUUAAAAGCAAAGGCAGGAUGAAGCAACUUGAAAGCUUUAUGUAGGAUUAUUAUUUGAUAUCAUUUUCAUAGAUCAAGUAGCUUUAUAUAAAGAAGUCAUUUUGAGAAUGUUGCUGAUAUGUUUAAUUUUACUGAACUUUAUGUAAGUAACUACUAUUUACAACUUUUGUAUUCAUUUGCAGGUGAAAAAUGGGCCAAGAGGAUGUGGUUGCUUCUAAUCCUGAACUACAAAAUCAGCAGGCUGCUGGUACUAAUCCAGAGCAACAAAAUCAGGAGGCUACCGGUACUAAUCCAAAAGCACAAAAUCCACAACCCGCACCUGUUGUUGAUGAUGAAGAGGUUAUUGAUUUGGGAAAUCUCAAGAGUGAUGUGUGGCAGCACUUUACAAAGAUAAGAAAGGGAGAAUUCAUCAAAGCUAAAUGUGGUCAUUGCAAGAAGUUGCUUGCUGGUGAAUCUAAUAACGGUACCUCUCACUUGAGAAAUCAUCUCAAGACUUGUAUUCAAAGAAAGAUUCAAGAUGGGAAGCAAAAGGUACUUGGUAAUAACUUUGUCACUAAGGGAAAGAAAGAAAUGGUUGCUACUCAAUUUAAUGAAGUUGUUUCGAGGCAAGAUCUUGUUAUGGCCAUUCUUAUGCAUGAUUAUUCCCUCUCUAUGGUGGAUCAUUUGUACUUUAGGAGAUUCUUAUUUGGCCUCCAGCCCUUGUUUAGUGUUCCUACUAGGAAUACUCUUAGAAGUGACAUUUUUAAGAUAUAUAAUAGUGAGAAGAGUAGGAUCAUGAAAUUGGUUGGUAGUAACAAAGGGAGGGUUGCCAUUACACCUGAUAUGUGGACGGCAAGCAACCAGAAAAAGGGUUACAUGGCUGUUACGGCCCAUUAUGUGGACAAUUCGUGGAUUCUUCGAAGUCACUUGCUUAGGUAUGUUAUUUAGUAUAUAAUUUGAAUUCUAUCUUGUUUAUUUUGUAAGGAGUCACUAUCUUAACAUUUUGCAAAUGCUGUUUUUUUGUAGGUUCGCAUAUGUUCCUACUCCUCACACAAGUGAUAGGCUGGCCACUGCUUUGUUUGACAAUAUGAUGGACUGGAAUGUCAAUUCCAAGGUAUCAACUAUAACCUUGGAUAACUGUAGCACUAAUGAUUCCAUGAUUGAGAAGGUUAAGAACAAAUUGGUGAUGCCUUGUUUGAUUAAGGGGGGUGUUUUACUACAUAUGAGGUGUUCUACACAUAUUCUCAACUUGAUAGUUAAAGAUGGGUUGGAUUAGCUUCGAGAUGGUAUUGAAACAAUUCGUGAAAGUGUAUCUUAUUGGAAUGCUACACCUAGGAGGGUAGAGUUAUUUGAGGGGGCAGCAAAGCAAUUGGGAUUUUCUUGUGAUAAAAAGCUGAGUUUGGAUUGUCCAACUCGCUGGAAUUCAACUUAUCUUAUGCUUGUUGCUGCCAUACUGUACCAAAACGUGUUUAUUAGGCUGAAGCAACGUAACUCUCACUAUACUUGUUUGCCUACUAGUGAUCAUUGGGCAUUUGCAUCGAUUGUUUGUGGGAAGUUGGAAAUUUUCAGUGAGAUCUCUAAUUUGUUCUCUGGUACCAAGUAUCCCACCGCCAAUCUAUUCUUUCCAAAGAUAUGUGAUUUGAAGCUCAAACUUUGUGAGUGGCUUGUUGAUGAUAAUGAUAUGAUUUCCAAGAUGGCUGAAUUGAUGUGGGAUAAGUUCUUAAAAUAUUGGGGUGAUAUUCAUGAAAUACUAGUUGUGGCUGUUGUGUUGGACCCGAGAUACAAGCUUCAUAUUGUGGAUUAUUAUGCUCGGAAGUUUGAUAAGGGGCAGUGUGUCUUGGAUGUGGACAAAGUCAGGGCUGUUUUGAGUGAUUUAAUCAUGGAAUAUCAGGCUAAACAGAAUAAGAAUGUCAUGGUUGCUUCUGGUGGUUCAAGUGAUCACUCACUUGGUAGUUCUUCCUCUGUGGAUCUCGACUUUCAACUAUUUGUACAGCAAAGAAAAAAGUCAAGAGGAACACUAACUCAAACUGAUUUGGACAAUUAUUUGAAUGAGGAAGUCUUACCUUGGACUACUGACUUCGACAUCUUGUUAUGGUGGAAGAUGAAUGGGGCCAAGUAUCCAAUUUUGCAAGAUAUUGCGAGGGAUAUGCUUGUUGUCCCUGUUACCUCUGUUGCAUCUGAAUCGGCUUUUAGCAACGGUGGUCGAGUGUUGAAUCCUAAUCGUUGCAAACUUGGCUACACCACUAUGGAGGCAUUAAUGUGUACUAAAAGUUGGCUGCAAAAUUCAAUUUCAAUAGAGAUUUGUGCAUUGCUCGAUGAUGAAGAUCAUGAAGAUGACAUUGACGGGUAUAUUGUUGCUGGAAUUUUUUGGAAUCAACUGGAAUCUGUCUGGAAUUUUGUUGGGAUUUAUUGGAGGGUUGCUGUUGGACUAUUGCUGCUGAAAAUCUUCUUCUCUGCUGGAAUUUUGAUGCUGGAGUUUGGUGGAGUUUGCUGGAAUGUUGCUGGAGUACGCUGGAAUUUUUCUGGAAUUUUGCUGCUGAACUAUUUUUGCUGGAAAACUGGUUGAAAUCUGGGAUUUUCUUAUUGUACACUUUGAACUUGGUUUACAUGUAGCCUUUUGAUUUGGAAUUUUUUUUUUUUUUUUUUUUUGCCCGAGAAAUGUCAUGAACAUAGUUAGAAAGAACCACUACCCACAAUCCCUUCCCAUCCCAUUUACAAGCCAACCAACAAAGUCAAAAGAAACUAACUCUAGCCGGGACAGCAGCAGGGCUUUACGUGCCACUCUAUGAGCAGUCCAGUUGACAGUCCGCGGAACUGCCCUAAAUUCUAUACAAAGAGAACAAGACUCAAGAAGAUAACAACAAUCUCGAAGAAUGGGGCCACCAAUCGAAGCUUGAGCUGACGGAUGACCACUUCUGCAUCGCCUUCGAUGAUAACCGGAGACAAACUUCUAGAAGUUGCAAGAGAGAUUGCAUCCCUGGCUGCAAGGAGUUCUGCAAGACAAGGAUCCGAGAUACAAUAAUGCUGAGCACCCACGGCAAGAAGCACAUGCCCAUCCGAGCCUCGGAAAACCAGGCCAGACGAGAAGCCAGCACUUUGGAGAGCCGCAUCAAAGUUAAUCUUCAAAAAGUCUUGAGGCGAGCAAUCCCAAAGAAGAGGUCUAGCAGAGGCAGGAGCACGAGGAAGGGGAGACGAGUCAGGCUGGGCAGAGAGAACCUCGCGGAUUUGGAAAGAGAAUUGGCGGGCUAACGAACGGACAUGAGGCUGGGUAUUUUCAAAUACCACUUUAUUUCUUGAUUUCCCUAUUCUCCAUAGGAGGCACACUAUCUGGAGAAUAUGGGUUUGGGACUGCUCAUCUAGCAUAAUUUGACGCCACCACAAACUAAAAUUUCUUCUUGAGGCCGAAUUCGGUAAAUCACUUAAUCCCACAAAAUACCAAAGUUGGAUGGCAAGGGGGCAACGAAAAAACAAAUGUUCUAUACUUUCUUGGAACCUCCAACAAACAGGGCAACGACUUAGACAGUUAACCCCGCGGGAUUUGAGAGCCACUAUUGUAGGGAGGACCACUUUGAGACAUUGCCAGAUGAAGAAUCUGAGUUUUGGAGGAGUCUCGAUGACCCACGUCUUUUUCCAAAUGGGAGUAUCAAUAAUAUGAGCCAAUGAUUUUCUAUUUGGAAUCAAUAUAACUUCUAAAGCCAAGUGAUAUCCUGUCUUGACUGAAUAUUUACCAUUUUUUGUGAAGUGCCAUACUCUCGUAUCUGGUUGAGCAUUCCGCGGAAGAGCCAUCUUACGAAUAAGGUCAACUGAUUGGGCAUCAAAACAAUAGUGGAGGCGCGGCACAUGCCAUUCCCCUAUACCCUCUCUUAUUAAAAAGGACACUUGUGGAGCAGAGUUAAUGUUACUCAACCUAAUUAUAGGGCUUUCUGGCUUUAGAGCUAGGAUCCAUAGGUCAUAGAAAGCGUUGAUAUCAUGGCCAUCUCCUACUUGCCAACGUAAUCCUUGAAGGAGAAGCUCUCGCCCAUAAAGUAGACUUCGCCAU